AUGACCCGCAACUACAUCGCGAAGCUCGGUCGACUGGCCAGUCGCGGCCUCACAGCCCGCGGCCUCGCUGCCUCUUCUGCCACCUACCGCAUGCCGUUCUCGAGAGCAUCGAACACCGCCGCCGCGCGUCUGACGUUCCGAAGCCACUUCUCUACCAGCCCGCAGCUUGCCAAGCCUCUGGAGCCUGACGUCUUGAAGGCGGCCCGCCCCGCCGACUUGACCGACGCCGAGUACCACGAGCUGGCCGACGACUACCUCGAUCAACUUCUGGCGCAGUACGAGAAGCAGCAGGAUGACAGUGGACACAUUGACGUCGAGUACAGCGCCGGUGUCAUGCACGUCAACAUCCCCGAAAUCGGCGAGUACGUCCUCAACAAGCAGCCGCCCAACAAGCAGAUAUGGCUGUCGUCGCCCAAGUCCGGCCCGAAGCGGUACGAUUACGUGGUCCUUAGCGAAGGCCAAGAUCAGAAGCAGGACACGGCCUCGGGCGGCUGGUACUACCUUCGAGACGGCACUUCCCUGACGGAAUUGCUGGUCGAGGAAACGGGAAUCGAUCCGAUAGUGCCGCCGGUCUGA